CGGCUUUGGUGAAAUCCCAUUGGAUGUGAGACACGUUGGUCGACGUGACGCUACUUGGAAUUCCCGAAGUUCCCAAGUUCAGAGGAGAGGAGCUGUGCUCGUGCUAAACAAAACAAAACAAAAGCAAAGGGCUUUGAAGUGGAAAACGCCGAGCGACUCAAGUGUGAGCACGCGGGGAUUUUUAAAGCUCAAUCUGACCUGUGUGCUGUGCCAAGUUAAGCCUGACGGGGGCGAUGUCUGACAGCAGCAACAGCACAGGCAGCACAGGCUCCUCCACCAACAGCUGGACCCUCCUCUCCCCGGAGGAAGCUGCCAUUGAGAAUGUCGGGCCCGUGGAUGAUGGCACAGAGAGCCUGGGAGAUGUCCCCAGUCUCUCAGAGGAGGUAGCAGGAGCUGCUGUGGAGUUCAAACUCGUUGGUAUCCCCAUAGAAACUGUACUAUCUGAAGAAGGCCACCAGGUGUGUCAAGAGACCUCUCCAGAGUCCAGUGAGGGUCCUGUCCCUUCUAGUCCAUCCCGUAUGAGCCCUCUCCCACCCAGCCUUCUUGACCCACCAGAUCUGGAUUUGGAGAGUCAGCCUCCAGUUAUCCAUGACAUUGUAACCAGUUCUCCCAGUGACAAUGAGCACCUAGGUGCCAUGCCAUUUGUCACCAACAUUGACAUGGGGGCUCCACUGGAUAUUCCAACUGUUGAAGUCCCCCCAUUCGAGUCCGAGGAGUCCUGCUCUGCACCUCUGAUUACUGAGAUGCCCAUCUCUGCAGAGCAUGAGCUCCAGAAGCCUGUUGAUGUUGGACUGAUUCCUGCGAGUCCUCCUGGGGAGAGUCAAGUCUUCAGUGCUGAACCCGAGGUUAACAUCCCCACUGAGACCCUUACAGCCACGGAUCCCCUGUCUCAUGUUGAAGCUGAUAUCAGCUUUGUUCCAGACAGCACAGAGUCACAAAGCCCAGUCCUCGAGAGCCUGGUGACAGAACAUCCUACUGAUGAAAGUCCUGCACCAGAGACUGUUGGUUCAGCUGAGGCAGAUGAGGAGGCGGCUAUUAAAAAUGAGCCUGCAAAGCCAUCGGAGCCAGUGAGGCAAGAUGAGAGAGACGAUGAAGAAGAGCCUUCCAUUAGGUAUGACUCGGGUGACACUGGCAGCUUUGAUGAUGGACUGCGGCGGAGAAAUGUGCCCACCUUUGAGGCACAGAGACCAAGAACAUCAGACGAGGAGGAUGAGGAAGAGGAAGUAGAAUUCAAGCUGGCUGAGAAGAAGGAGGAAAAGCCAUGGUUCUCCUUGAACAAAUGCAUUGUGGGUGCUCUGGUCUUGCUAUUUCUAGGUUCCCUCUUUCUCUCAGGCUUCCACAGUGACCUGGAUAAUGGUGACUUUGACGCCUCCGAUCUGAGUGACGGAGAACAAAGCCAGGACGGGCUUAGCAGUGAUCCACAGGAUAUGAAAGAGCUAUUGGAUAAACUGACACAGGAAAACCAACAAAUCAUUCAGCUAGAGGCUCAACUUCAGUCUAAGAAAGAAGAACUUGACUCAGCACUGAAGGCUUUAGCAGCAAGUGGUGAUAAAAAGGGUGAAGCAGAUCUGGAAAAAGAAAAUGCAAAGCUGAAGGAGGAGCUGUCAUCUCUGCCAGAGCUGAAGAAAGAGCUCGAGACUCUCAGAGCCAGAGUGACUGAACUCAGCCAGCUCGCAGACAAAGAGGAGAAGAAUGAGAAAGACUGGAAGCCUCAAAAGCAAAACUCUCAUAAAGAGGCUUGGAGGAAACACCAGGACGAGUGGGAGAGCAAGAAGGGUGAGAGGAGAAUGGACAGAGAGGAGAGGAGGAAGGAGAAACCGUGGCACAGCCGGUCUGCUAAAAACCACCAGCACCAACAUCACCAUCAGCAGCCCCGCCAUCCUCAUCAGCACCACAACAACGAUUUCUGGAGAGACCAGGAGCAAAAGCUCCAACGCAAUGUCCGUCCCCAGCUGGGCUGCACUUCCGUGGAGGACUGCGCCAGCAAGGAGGGGCUCUAUCCAGUGGAGCUGUCCGAGUUUGAGGAACUUCUGGAGGGCUACCUGAGCAAGCUUGAAAGGUCAUCAUCAGAGAGCAAGGAUAGGUUCAGGAGGCUGACCGCAGACUACUUUGAGGACGGCGUGUUCAUCCACGACAGGAUUCGUUUCAGCGACUUUGCUGAGGACGUGGCAGACAUUUUGGAAGACAUGGUGGAUGUUUUAGAGGGCGACGGGAAGAAGGAUGACGACUCCCUGGAGGAGGAGAUGGAGGAGUUUGAGCGAGAAGCCCUGUGGAAGUUUGCUGCCACGGCUUAAAAAAACGGACGCAGAGAGGAAACCAGUGGUGGUUUUAUAGGACAUUUCUUGCCUUCGGAGCUGUAAUAGUAGUAGCUUCUGGCACAGAGUGGUUGUGCCUCUCAUAAACAUGUCUCUCUGAGUCUGUAAUUAUAAGCUAGACUUGUAUUUGUCAUCUUGGACUUAGUCGUUGUUACCUACCUCUGUCCAGUCAUGCCUCCUAAAGCAAAGUCCUUCAGUAAUGUGUUGUGUGAAUUUCCUCUGCUGUUUAGUGAUUUACACACGUGUAGUGCAUGUUACAGUUCAUUAUAAUGUCAGUUUAAAUUGAUCACACAGAUCACAGAAGAUGGUAUUUGCAAAUAACCAUCAGCACAGCUUAUAUAUCGUUAUAUAAGUUGUGGAUAGAAAAAAAAAAGGGGGGGGGGUUAUUUAUGUCAUUUUAUCUUGUAUGGGAGCCUGAUUAAUCUCUACUCCAAGCAGGUUAAAAAAAUACUAGAAUGUUUUUGCAGAUAGCAUUGAUCCCUGCUCGGGUGUGACUGUCCAAUCCCAGAGGAUGAGAUCCCAAUCCUUUCAGUGAUAACAAUCAGAUCAGGUCGGACCAGUUUUCUGUCAGCAGCGCUUUAUUUGGCCAAACACACACAGAGGACUGCCUGAUUUCUAGAUUUGAAGAACUUUUCCAUCCUCUUGGCCGACGGCAGACGUGUGGAACAACCAGGAACCAGUUUGUGCUGCUCAAGAAAAAAAAAAAGCAAUAGCCAUAGUUAAGUUGAACAUUGCUAAACCACUUUAGCACUUUUCUCAAACAUAUGAGAACCGUCUUUAUUUUAAUUUUCUGUUUCCAAUUAGAUUUAUUUUAAAUAGGCUUUUUUUGUUUGUUUGUUUGUUUGUUAGUGUAUCCAUGGAGACUGCUAACACUGCUACUCUUACUCAGUAUCCUACAAUCUGAGUAAAAUUAGAGAGGUUAGUGAGCUGAAGUAGUUUCAUUUACUUAAUCUGUUAAUUUGCCAAAAUGAAAUUGGCAACAAAACAAACAUAUAUACAUAUUUUUUCCUUUUUUUCUCACGCAUAGAUUUGAAGUGGCAUGCGUGGCAGUGACCUAGACAUAGCUUUGUUGUUUUUAGGUGAUAUAAAUAAACACACAAAAAAACAAACAUUUCAUUUCAUUUUAUUUUUAAUUUUAUUUUAGUGUAGGUAGGUGAACCAGCACAAAGCAAAGUCCAAAAUAUAUUUCAGAAUUACUUUAAAAUUGUGGAAUAAAUAGUUUUUUAUUUGUGUUUUGAUUGUAGUGAAAUUUGACUUUUCCCUCUAUUUGUGGAUGUAAAGUUGAACAGAUUGUGAUUGUUUUCUCUCAGCAGUGAUUUCAUGUUUAUUUAUUGUCUCACUACAGUGCAUCUCUUUUUCUUAUUUUUAAUGAGAAGAACCACAGAUUUUAUCCCAGGCCGUAUGCUUUGAAUGUGAAAAUGGUGACAUUUUCAUUAAUUUAGCUUGCCAGCUCCUGCUCACGUGCCUUUUAUUAUAUUACAAAUCCUUUUGAUUAGACGAGAGUUAGUCGAUUUUAUUAGCUUCUGCAAAGAUUAGUAAGAAAAGCAAGUUUACACGACUUGUAAUUUUACUGCUGUUUGAAUGAAUGUCGUAGAGUUUACACAUGAAAUAUUGAGCUGAUGUUAAGUUUUGGAGAAGGAUGUUUUGUCUUUUUGAAGGUGUCCAGACCAAAGGAUUCAGAAGAACGCUAAUCACAAUGGAUGAAUCUUUUAAUGAAGCAGAGUUUAAUGAAUAUUUGAGGACUAUUUUUGUGUUUGUGGGACAACAGUAAGGCUCUGUGCUUACCGAUAAUGUAGGACCUGACUCAAACAUGCAUGUAAUUGAUCACUGGACAAUUUCUAAUUAUUCCCCCGAUCAACAGUUAUGUCCUCAUUUUGAAGAUCAAUAUUAAGUUCAAUAAAUCUUUCACCCUU